AUGGAUGUCUCGAGCCCGUUCAUCACCAUCAGCGACGAGCUGCCGGCCGUCAUCGCAUUUCUGAAGAGCUCCUCGGGUCCAAUCUUCAAGUCGCAGUUGCAACACGACCGUUUCAACAACUCGCUGCCAGAUGCUCCUGUUGGCCUGGCUCCUCUCCAAAGCACUCCACUGGCUCGCCCCGACAUUGCUACCCUCCCCAAGCUUGGCAUGAAACAGCAGAACGUGGCCUUGGAGAAACAAGAAGAGUCCGUGCUCACUCCGGUCACACCGUCGCAGCGCCCUGCCAAAAUGUUGGAAGGUGGCUCGGACUUCGAGGAUAUGCCUGCCGGCGGCUUCACCACGUUCAACUUCCCAGAUCCGCCCGCUGGCGGCUAUGGAGGAGGCCGAGGUGGCGGCCGUGGAGGAUACGAUGGCGGUCGUGGCGGAGGUCGCGGAAACUUCGAUGGUGGAAGAGGCGGAGGCCGAGGCGGUUACGAUGGAGGCCGAGGUGGCUACGACGGCGGCCGUGGCGGAGGUCGUGGAGGAUACGAUCGCGGCGGUGCUUUCCGUGGUGGCAGCUUCAAUCGUCAGUUU